AUGCUCAUCCUCCCGCUGCUGUCCGUCUACUACCCCCACAUCCUCCUCAUCCUCACCAGCGGUAGCUACCUGGCUCUGUCCUCCGUUGUGGCUCUGGGGGCGAACAUCAUCUGCAACAAGAUCCCGGGGCUGGCCCCCGGUCAGCGGGCGCUGUGCCGGAGCCGGCCGGACGCCAUCGUGGUCAUCGGCGAGGGCGCCCAGCUGGGCCUGGACGAGUGCCAGUUCCAGUUCCGCCACGGCCGCUGGAACUGCUCGGCCCUGGGCGAGAGGACCGUGUUCGGCCAGGAGCUGAGAGUAGGCAGCCGGGAGGCGGCGUUCACUUACGCCAUCACGGCGGCCGGCGUGGCGCACGCCGUGACGGAGGCCUGUAGCCAUGGCAACCUGAGCCAGUGCGGCUGCGACCGCGAUAAGCAGGGCUACCAGGACCGGGCGGAGGGCUGGAGGUGGGGCGGCUGCUCCGCGGACGUUAAAUACGGCGUGGAGUUCUCGCGCCGCUUCGUGGACGCCCGCGAAAUCAGGAAAAACGCACGCCGGCUCAUGAACCUCCACAACAACGAGGCCGGACGAAAGUUGGAGCGGGGGCCUCCGUGCUGA